AUGGAACCAUGCCCAAACAUUGAAGUUGUUAGGGCUUAUGUUAAACAUAAAUGGGCUUUGAAAGGCAAUGUUAAAAUUUCAGCUCUGCCCAAAGGCCUUCUCACCUUUGCCUUUUCCUGUGAAGAAGAUAAAAUAAGGAUCCUCUAUGGUAGUCCUUGGUUGGUUGGAAAGACAGCUCUGGUCCUCCAUAAAUGGCAUCCAAAUCUAAAUAUGAGUGAUUCUCUUCUGGUGCAAGUCCCAGUUUGGGUUAAGUUACCAGGUCUGCCUCUUGAGUAUUGGGCAGAAAGUAUUUUCUCAGGUAUAGCAAGCUCUUUUGGUGAGCUCCUAUCAAUAGAUCCAGUCACAACUUCAAGAAGGGGGCUCACUCAUGCCAGAUUUUGUGUAGGGAUCGCCCAUGAUGUAGAUAUGCCCGAGCAGAUAGAUAUAGUGUCAAAGUUGGGAACAUGGAAACAACAGAUUGAAUAUGAAUCCAUCCGCUUUGCUUGCUUCCACUACAAAAAAGUAGGUCACUGGGCCAAAAAUUGUCCUCUCAAGCCCAAAGGGGAGAAUAAGCAAGCCAAAUCUAUAGUAGAAAGUAAAAAGGCUCUGGAGAAAAAGGAAGAUUUGAGGAAGGAACAAAUGAAAGUAGACAACCCCCUGGGAGGGCAGAUCCGAAUAGAGGAAAUAAAAGAUCAAAAUGAAUCUUCUAAAGAAAAUAUCGAGAUGGUAAUUGCUGACACCUUAGCCAGUAUGGAAGCUCCCAAUGAAGAGGAUCAGAAGGAUAAGGAUAUUAAGGAAGUGGAACAAUCUGAGGAAGGGAAGAUCACUGGCUCACAAGAAGAAAAGGCUGACUCUUCCCUCUCACAAUCAGGUCUGAUUUGCAAGAGGCCCAAAAAUGUGCUAUAUUGGAUUCGACAUCAGAGACUGCGAGAAGGAGGGGAUGGUGGAGGAGGAGAUGGUGGGAGGAGAGUAGUUGAGGGAGGAAGGAGAGUAGUUGCAACCAUUGUUUCUGCAGGAGGAGAGGAGGAGGAGGAGGAGGGUGAGGAUGAGGGAGAAGAUGUAGACAUUGAUGGUGACACCAAGUUGGGUAGCGGAGAGGAUGAUGAUGAUUUGUCCUCAAGAUCAUCCAGCAGUAGGGAUGAUGAUGAUGAUAGCUCACAGGACAUUGACAUGCUAGAUUGA